AUGGUUAUAGUUGUGAAGGAGGAAGAGAUCGAAAUUGGAAUGCCAACAGAUGUAAAGCAUGUGGCACACAUUGGGUUUGAUGGCCAAUCUGCUGCUGGCACUGCACCUACUUGGAUGAGAGAGUUCAAGACCGGACCAGAUUUUGCUGCGUCAUCAAUUGAAAAUAACAAACCAUCAUCUCAAGCUGAGAAUGGUGGCAAUCCAACGAAGAAACCUAAACGAAAGAAGGCGAAGGCGAUGUCCUCUUCCAGCUCCAGUGCCUCCAGAGCAACAUCAUCGCGGGCAACAUCUAAGUCCAAGGCCAAGCUAGUCGAAGAAGAAAAUCCCCCCAAUCCGGCAGAUAUACAGGUCAUCUAA